UACGACGCUUUCUGCUUGGCCUACAUGUUUACUUACAGGGAUUUCGAGAUGGGAACGUUAGGGUUGGCGUGGACCGGAGAUCUGAAGAAUGCCGGUGGCGUUUGCGAGAAGAACGGGCAUUACCGAGGAAGCAUGAAGUCGUUAAAUACUGGAAUUGUUACGUUGCUGAACUACGGUAAGCACGUGCCUCCAGCCGUUUCGCACGUGACGCUCGCCCACGAAAUCGGUCAUAAUUUCGGAUCACCGCACGACCCAGAGAUGUGCACCCCUGGCGGAGACGACGGCAACUUCAUAAUGUUCGCCAGAGCCACAUCCGGCGAUAAAAGGAACAACAAUCAGUUUUCUCCUUGCAGCUUGAAGAGCAUCAAUCCUGUGCUCAACUUCAAAGCGCGUUCCGUCAAAGGUUGCUUCACAGAACCGCAAGCUUCGCUUUGUGGUAACGGCGUUGUGGAGGAUGGCGAAGAGUGCGAUUGCGGUUGGGAGGAGGAUUGCCGUGAUCAGUGCUGCUUCCCUCAAAGAAGGUAUCCGCCGGCGGAUGAACCUCCGUGCAGAUUGACGCCGAGGAGCGUUUGCAGUCCUUCUCAGGGUCCUUGCUGCACGUCCGAAUGUCAAGUGAAGUUUGGCAACAAGUGUCGCGAUGACAACGGUUGUCGUGACGCCAGCUUCUGCAACGGUCGAGGCCCUCAAUGUCCACCAUCAGUGAACAAACCGAACAAAACUAUAUGCAACAAGGAAUUCGUAUGCUUCAUGGGCGAAUGCACCGGUUCCAUCUGUUUAGCGUACGGUUUAGAAUCGUGCCAAUGCAUACCGGGAAAGAACGAUCCGAAGACGAAAGCGUGCGAAUUAUGUUGCAAACUUCCUGGCGACAAUCAGCCGUGUCUGUCGUCGUUCGAAUGGAACGAUAUGCCGUACGACAUUCCCGAUAUGUUCUCGAAACCGGGAACGCCGUGCAACGAUUACAGCGGUUACUGCGACGUCUUCCAGAUGUGCAGAGAGGUGGAUCCGUCAGGUCCUCUGGCGACGCUCAGAAAACUGCUUCUCUCCGAGGAGAGUAUAGCCAGUUUCAAGAAAUGGUUGAUGGACUAUUGGUACGCGGUCGUGCUCAUCAUAGUGACUGUCAUAUCUUUACUGGUCUUCAGCACUAAGGUUUUGGGUAAAAGACCUAGUGUAAAGCUGAAAACGGUGACAAUAAUGCACAGUCAGACGACGGAGGCUGUGCGAUUACCGGAAGGAGAUGGAGGAGGUGGCGGAAAUGUAACCGUUCAUCCGGCGGUGAGAUCCAAGGUGCCUCUGAAGAGGAAAGUGCGCGACGGUAAAUUGCGGAAGAAGCGUAAAGGAAAAGAAGUGACAAACAAUAAUAACAACAACGUGAACAACAGUCCAAAUAAGUCAAAGAAGAAGAAAAGAGUUUCUGCUGCUGUCGGAGCGGAGGAAACGCGAAAGAAACUUGGAGACACUGCGGCAGUCAUCGAGAUUCCUCCGAGCAAAGUGAAGAAGCUGCAGCAGCAGCAACAACAACAACAACCGGUUGUCAGUGGUAACAGGAAGAAGAAAAAGAAGAAGGAGGUUAUAGAUUACAGCGGAGCGCAGCAAGACGGUGCAGAGGGUAAGAAAGGUCUUCUGGGUGCGGAAGUGGUGCACGGAAGUAGUUCGAUGAGUCCGGAAGCGGAUCCAGUUGGGAAGGUGCAAAAUUGGCUGAUGAAGUCGCAGCACGGGGGAGCGCUGCCAAAGUCCAAGUCGACGCCUGCCGGAUUGGUGACAGGCGUCCGAAGUUCCCCACACAAGAGGGCGGUGUCCAACGUGAAACAAUCGCGCGCGACGGACAAAAGCAAAUCGCACAGUGUGGGCAACAUCUCCGCGGAGCGAGAAAAAGUGCGUUUACAAGUGGUUUACAAACCUCCGUUCAAGUUCAGUGUGAAACUACGGAAACCGGAUAAAAGUGUCGUUGUUGUGAGCAAGAAACCGGAAGCGACGGUCGUCGCACCCAAAAAGACUACGCAAAGAACGGGAGUGCUGGUGAGGACGGUGCGCGAUCGGAACAACACCCGGAAGCAGCAGCAGAAGGCCGCGAACGUCGUCGAUGCAGCUGCAACCAACAUAACAGUCGGCGUCUCCGUAGCUACGGGACCGGUCGCACAGCAGAAGGAUGCGACAAAACCAGCAAUUGACAUCGACUCUAACGUCCAUACCGUCCAGUCCGAUCUCGAAGUCCUACUUUCCGAGAGCGAAUUUCUCUUCUCAGACGACUGACACACACACAUACACAAACACAUUCAACCUCUAAAUCUGUCUACAUCUCAACCCAACCCUCCUCCCACAUAUUAAUUAACAAGUCGACGAUGGCUGUGGAACGCAUUCCGCGCUGCUUCUCCCCCGCAAAAGCAAACUAACUCAUUUUACAAUUAAUAUUUACAAAUCGAGCGAGACUCGCAUAUAUUCAUGAUAUUUUGUACAUUUGAACAAACAAGUCCCAUGGUCUAUUCAAUUCGCAAAACAAAUCGCCACUAUUUUUUUAAUUAUAAUUUUUUAUAAUAGCUCUAAGUGCAAACUGAUCCAAUCCAACGAUCAAACUAUACUACAAUCGCAUCCAAACAAACGCUGUUAUGCAACCAACGUUGAUUAAAACGCAGUAUAGGUUAUGCAACCCAAUUAGAUCCUUAACAAUCAUGGUAAACUAUCCGGAAUUGCGAUUUUCAGUAAACUUUGAUUUUUGGAUUAUCUCGUUGAGGAAAUUAACCAUAUCAAGUCUGCAGACCAAAACAAACAAAAGAACAGCUACAUAAACAAUUAAUUUACGCAUAAUAACUUAUGAACAAAAA